AGUAGACCAAAGCUAGCGGAUUUGGCUUCAGAGAAGUUCAUGUGAAACAGUCGAAAAUGCCUUCAGUAAAAACUUUUGACUUGAGUUACGAUGUUAUUAAUGAAUAUGAUACAUUUUCCGAAGGCGACUGUAUAUCUGGAAUAAUCACUUUGGAGUUAAUAAAGGAAACCAAAGUGGAAAGCCUUUUCAUCAAAGCCAAAGGGGACGCAAAUGUCCGUUGGACGACACGUACGAAAGACCACACUAGGACUUACUCUGCUCACAAUCGAUAUUUCAAACUUAAGACGUUUAUGAUUAAAGAAUCUCCUAAAGACAAUAUACUCCCCCCUGGGAUCCAUAGAUAUCCAUUUGGUUUCAAAAUUCCUGAGGGAAGCAUGCCGUCAUCCUUCAAGGGUCCACAUGGCAAGAUAGUGUACAAACUGGAAGCCAAGCUGGUUAGGGGUUGGCUAAAGACACGCGACUUGGUGAAGGAAAUCACCUUUGUCUCCAAGGCUGACUUGAACCAUGUCCUACUAACGUCUCCUCAGCAUGGUGUGAAGAACAAGUCAGUUGGUAUAUUCACCUCAGGGCAUGUCACCAUGGAUGUCCACGUUGAAAGGAUGGGUUAUAUGCCAGGUGAGACUGUGAAUAUCUGUGCAAACAUCAAGAACAACUCCUCCCGUGACCUUAAGCCCAAAUUCAGUCUGAAGCAGAAAAUGGCUUUCUUUGCUUCUGGCAACACAAAGAUAGCAGAGCAGACAGUCUGCAAAGUAGUCAGAGAACCUAUCCCGUCCAACACCCAACAAAGUGUUGCUGGGUCAUUGAAGAUACCUGCUGACCAGGACUUGUCCAUCCUGAACUGUAACAUCAUAACAGUAGAGUACAUACUAAAGGUAUACUUGGAUGUUCCUCUUGCCACAGACCCUGAAGUCAAGUUUCCAUUGGCUAUUAUCCCUUCCUGCUUUCGGUCUGGCCUAUCACCAGAGAGACGUGUCAGGUUUGAAGAAUUCGGGAAAGGUGGUCCAAGCAACAGUGACUUCCCUUGUGAUACAGCCUUUGGACCAUAUCCUCCUGUCUCGGGUCCAGGGGGAGGCCUAUAUCCGCCUGCCCUGCCGGUGUACCCUGAACCUGCAGCCGUGGGAGGAAGUUAUCCCCCUGACCCACAGCCAACAUACCCAUACCCAACUCACUUGAUGAUGCAUCUACCUCCAACUGCUCCACCAUUUCACACACCACCGACUGCCCCGACGAUGCUUUCACACCCCUCUCCUCAAGAACUAGACCAACCCCCAUCGUAUUGUUCCCUCUUUCCUCCAUCAGCACCUGAUACACCAUAAACACUCAUCUUUGACAGAAGUUUCACAGCUGAUUCACUCCCAGUGUCAUGUUUGCACAUGUAACAGUUUAGCUUCCGUCCCUCACCUGACACCCACGAAGCAUCGUUACCCAUCGCGCCACAAAAGCCUUGCAGAGCAAGGGGUACAACUCCUUUAGGUCUCAGAGCGAGUGACGUCACUCAGUUUUUUACUGUAAUAUACACCUGCUUUUGAGUUCUGUCUUCCAGGAUUUGUGUCUGAUACAACAUUUUAAAAACUAUGUAAUGUAAUGCUCAGAUCACUCAUAUGGUGCCUUCUUGACUGCCUUUAUGAAAGAAAAAAUUUGACUCCAGGUUUGCCACCACAGCAAAAUAAAAUAAAAGGAGAGCAGCACACUCAGAGGUGCUCAAGUGCAAUCAUUUUAUAACCAAUGUUUCCACAGACAAGCUGUCUUCCUCAGGGUAUAAUGACACACAGGUGUGUGUUAUUAAGGCCGGGUGUGGCUUGAUGUCAUUGGUUGAUUUACAGAUCUAAAUAGAACAUGUAAAAAGCAUGAAUGGAUACCAUACGAUCAUAGAUACAAUGUGGCUACAUAGGCCUACAAACAUUUACAAUGAAACGCAAAAUCUCAAUAAUUACAAGAAUGGCUUCAGAUCAAAGUCUACUUUGAGACCGAGGGGAGCAAGGGUUUUAAAUAAGAAAUCCAAGCACCCUCUCGUUUUAACAAUAAAUUGUCAAGGUCACUCACUCUCCUAGGGAUAUAGGGAAGUGACGAAAUAGACUGGUUCGCUUCCAAAUGCGAACCACUCUAUUUCGUCCCUUCUCUAUAUUGGCAUUGAACACGUCACCCUCCCUAUGAGAUGGGGUGAACUUGACAAUUUAUUGGGGGGGGACCUUGACAACGUUGGAUAUUAAAUUAUUGCAUCUGAGCUCCUAGAGAGUGCAGCACUCCUUUUCUUUUUCAAGUGUUCUCCUCCGCUAGCCAACACCUCGCCUAAACAGGUGUUCUCCUCCGCUAGCCAACACCUCGCCUAAACAGGUGUUCUCCUCCACUAGCCAACACCUCGCAUAAACAGGUGUUCUCCUCCACUAGCCAACACCUCGCCUAAACAGGUGUUCUCCUCCACUAGCCAACACCUCGCCUAAACAGGUGUUCUCCUCCACUAGCCAACACCCCGCCUAAACAGGUGUUCUCCUCCGCUAGCCAACACCUCGCCUAAACAGGUGUUCUCCUCCGCUAGCCAACACCCCGCCUAAACAUGUGUUCUCCUCCGCUAGCCAACACCUCGCCUAAACAGGUGUUCUCCUCCGCUAGCCAACACCUCGCCUAAACAGGUGUUCUCCUCCGCUAGCCAACACCUCGCAUAAACAGGUGUGCGUUUCUUUCGCCUCCAGAUUACCACCACAGUGCCCUUAGUUUGGCCAUGCAAAAUGUAUGCCUCAUUAAUUACUCAGUAUUGUUGUGAUCUAAGCCCAUGUACCAGGACACCUUGCUAACACAUAUUAUGUACAAAUUAUGUAUUCACUGAGAUAUAAUACAGUAUUGCACUACUACUGCCAUUGUUGUUUAACUAAUUAAAUAUAUCACAGGAGGCAUACCAUUAUUUCAUGUAUUUAUUUAAGGUUCGUGUGAUAUUGCAUUGUUUCUAUUCUAUUGUUCUACAGGCCAGGAGGGCAGACUCCUGUUACCUAUCACAUUCUUUGUUCACAGUUUGUUUAUGUCAGACAUUUUCAGGUCUGUUUCAUGUUUGCCUUCCAAUCAUCAUUAUUAGAUCAAUAUUCGUUUGCUGUUAGUUUUGCAGGCAUAUGACCUACUCCACAGUUACUCAAUUAAAAUAAAUGGAGAUGAUAAAUUGUAA